UCUCAACAUUAGACAAAGAGGUGCUUCCAAGAGUUUCAUGGUUGAAUGUGAAUCCCUUAGAAACAUCCGGCAUCGUAAUCUUGUAAAGAUCUUAACAUUUUGCUCAAGUAUAGAUUUUGAAGGCAAUGAUUUUAAGGCUUUAAUAUAUGAGUUCAUGCCCAAUGGAAAUUUGGAGAUGUGGUUACAUCCACAUGCAAAUGACAUACAAGAUGAACAAAGGCAUUUAAACCUUGUGCAACGAUUAAAUAUUGCCAUUGAUAUAGCAAUAGCAUUGGAUUAUCUUCAUCACCAUUGUCAUAUGCAGAUUAUUCAUUGUGAUAUAAAGCCAAACAGUACUCUUCUUGAUGAUGACUUAACUGCACAUUUGAGUGAUUUUGGGAUAUCAAGAAUUCUUUCAGAAGCCACAAGUAGAUCUCAAAAUCACACGAGCUCAAUCGGAAUAAAUGGAUCUAUUGGAUACAUUGCACCAGAGUAUGGCGCAGGUACUGAUGUUUCAACGCAUGGUGAUGUCUAUAGUUUUGGGAUUCUCUUGUGAGAGAUGUUCACAAGGAAGCGGCCUACUGAUGAAAUGUUCAAAGAUAACUUUAAUCUUCACUGCUGGGCUGAGAUGGCUUUACAUGAUGGAGUGAUGGUUGUUGUCGAUCCAUCACUUCUCUUCCUGGAAGAAGAUGAUGAAGAG